AUGUCCGGAAGACCGAGCCGUAAGCGGCCGUCGCCCCAGGUGUUCGGUUCCAGCUACACGGAUUCCGACUACGAUGAUUCACCCUCAAAGCGCCAUCGCAGUCCCUUGCUCCCAGGAGUAAGCAUCGGUGGCGCUUUUCGCCCCAUGCGACUGCCAACCCGGGUAUAUUCUCCGACCGCGAACGUAUCAAACACGCUUCCUGUGCUUGACCACCGCCUUCCCGUCAGGAACUCUUCGACGUUCAACACCUCUGCGAUCCGAAGCUCCGCUACCCCGAAUGCCGAUGCGACGCAGCCUGGGGUUGAUAGGUCGUCGGCGCCAUGGUCGAGCAUCUUGGGCUUUCCCAGAUUCCCGCCGUCGUCGUCUCCAGCAAGUAGGCCGCCUCCGGCCUCGCAGGGCGGCUUUCGCAACGACUUCUCUCCGUCCGGCAUCGGGCCAAUCCCUCCCGUCUCGUCUCAGCCCACGCCGGUCCUUCUGUCAUCCGCCACCCUCUCGGCACAUCCCGACUCCUUUCCGAACCCUCAAGCCCGUCAGCAUUUCACCAACACCGUGGACGCCUUGAAGAAGUCCCGCGCUGCGCUCGAAGAGAUCUUGCAGGGUCUCCCAAGCUACCCUCUCGCAUCGGGUCCGUUGUACAAGGUCAUCGACGCCCACAACAACCUCGAGAGCUGGUUCAUCUCUUACGCCGGGAGUCUAGCGCAGAACUGUGCUUGCGCCGCCGACGUGGAGAAGGAGUACUUCUUUGCCGAUUGCAAACAUCGAGCCUGCGCUGCGUGCCUUAGCAAGUCGGGCCAGUGCUGCAAGCGUAACCAGAGUGUCUUCAAGGCUUUUUUCCCGCAGAACGACGUUUGUCCCAUCUGCCGAGACGCGGACAACACCAUGUCCAUUCUCGUAUGCGGGCAUGUAGUGUGCCGCAGGUGCUGGGAUAGGAUGCAACGCGACACUCCCCUACUUUCGACGACCUGCCCAAUCUGCAGGGUAAAGCCGGCUGGUCCUGUCACAUCGUAUGAGCCAUCCAUUACCGUGGCGCUGGACGCCACUCCCCAGCUGAACUGA